GCACAGAGAAAUGGUCAUCAAAGACAGUGAGUUCGAGGAUUCGCUCAACUACGCGCUGCUCCGCGGCGAUAUGGGCACUAACUGGGACAUCGAUAAAGAUGAACGUAUGAUGAACGGGACUUUGGAUCCGGAGUUGGUCCAGCGAGCCAAGGAACGAGCUAUCAGGGCUCAGCUGAAUUCGGCGGAUGGAGAUACCUGUGAGUUGCACGAUCAGUUCUACCGGGAUCACAAGCUAUUGCUGGUGUUGUUUCGUGGUUUGGCUGUUAUGCCCAUUCUGAGGUCAUCGCCCGGCAGGAUUACCUUCGAUUGGAGAUCGUGGGCUUCAAUCUACGCGUAUUGCUUCUACGCUGUGAGCACAAUUAUCGUGUUGAUAGUGGGCUAUGAACGACUCAAGAUUCUACAGGAUACCAAGAAGUUCGACGAGUACAUCUACGGAAUCCUGUUUGUCAUAUUCCUGGUCCCGCAUUUCUGGAUUCCUUUCGUUGGUUGGGGAGUGGCUAAGCACGUCGCAGUCUACAAAACGAUGUGGGGUGCGUUUCAAGUACGUUACUACCGCGUUACCGGUACCAACCUUCAGUUUCCAUACCUUAAAAUCCUAAUCGUCAUGUUCUCCGUUGGUUGUCUGGUCUGUGCGAUAGUGUUCCUCCUAUCGCUAAGUAUUCUCCUGGAAGGGUUCGCUCUGUGGCACACUUCAGCCUACUAUCACAUAAUCACCAUGCUGAACAUGAACAGUGCCUUGUGGUACAUCAACUGUCGUGGAAUACGGGUAGCUUCAUCCAGUCUGUCCGACCGGUUCCGUAAGGACGUAGCCAUUGAAUGCACCGCGGCAAUGAUCUCUCAGUAUCGCUUCCUCUGGCUAAACCUCAGCGAACUACUCCAAGCCCUAGGCAAUGCCUACGCCAGAACCUAUUCCACCUACUGUCUCUUCAUGUUUGCGAACAUCACGAUCGCCAUCUAUGGUGCCCUCUCGGAAGUCAUCGAUCACGGCUUUGGAUUCUCGUUCAAGGAAAUUGGCCUCAUCGUGGACACUGUCUACUGCUCGACGCUGCUAUUCAUUUUCUGCGAUUGUUCGCACAACGCAACGCUCCAGGUGGCCCAAGGAGUUCAGGACACGCUACUUGGGAUCAAUCUGCUCAAGGUGGACCUUCCGACGCAAAAGGAGAUCGAUCUGUUCAUACAGGCAAUCGAGAUGAAUCCGGCCAUUGUGAGUCUGAAAGGUUACGCCGAAGUUAACCGGGAACUGUUGACUGCGAGCAUUGCCACGAUUGCCAUCUACCUGAUUGUACUGCUGCAGUUUAAGCUAUCGUUGAUUUCGCAACAAAUGCCGAUCGAGUUGAUGGAAACUAUCAAACAAGGACAGAAGGGAUUGUAAAAAAAAACUGAUGACUCUUGAUAGGGAAUUAGACAAGUUUAAGUAGCCAAGUUAAGAAUACAGCAUUGAACCAAAUAAAUCGUCUAGCUAUGAGUUUUCUAUGAAACCUUCCAAAGCUACCAAAACCUUA